UGCGGCGUCAGUCAGCUGCAGUAGGCAGAGGACAGCAGCAGUGCCGGUAACUGUGGCUGCCGUUCUCUAUUGUUCAGCCAAAGCGUUCCCCUUUUCCCUCCAGCCAACCAAAGGAGCAGAAGACGAGGAAAACCGCCACAUGCACCUUUCCUUGAGGAACGCUAGCUGAAGAGGCACGCAAACUCUUUCAGUCUGUGCGACUGAAGUUCUUUCUCUGCUCUCAUUGGGGUUUCUUUUCCUCCCGACCGACCGAGUGGAUUUUACCCGACUCACGGGGAGCCAUGGGACUUGGGGUUAGGGGUGCAAGGACAGCGUUCCUGUGUUUAUGGAGGUUAUUUUUACUGCUCUGUGGAAUCUGGAGCGUUUGCUCCCAAACGACAGGAGACGGGAAGUCGCUGUACUUCUGGGAGACAGGUCCAUGGGGCAGAUGUAUGGGCAGCGAGUGCGGGCCAGGAGGGAGUCAGAGUCGGGCGGUGUGGUGCGCUCAUGUGGAAGGCUGGACGACUCUUCCCACAAACUGCCUUCAGUCCUUACGACCAGCCAACCAGCAGAGCUGCUUCCGCGUGUGCGACUGGCACAAGGACCUGUACGACUGGCGGCGGGGCGCGUGGAACCAGUGCGUUCCCAUAUCGCUGCGCACUGGCCGCGCAGGUGUUUGCUUGCAGGGCGAAGAGGGCAUCCAGACGCGGGGGGUGAACUGUGCACUCAGAGCGGACGGCUCGGCGGCCGACGACUCCAUCUGUGAGUACUUUGAGCCCAAACCCCGGCAGGAACAGGCCUGUCUCAUUCCCUGCCCUCAAGACUGCGUGGUGACCGAGUUCACCCCCUGGACCACGUGCUCCAAGACCUGCGGGCUGGGCCUGCAGAACCGCGUCCGCUCCAUAGUGGCGCCGCCGCUUUUCGGUGGGCUUUCUUGCCCCAAUCUGACGGAGUUCCAGACGUGUGCGCCGAGGGCCUGCGAGGGCAGAGAGACGGUGUUCAAUCUGAGAGUGGGCGGCUGGAGCGAGUGCAAACUGCCUUCUUUGUCUCCAACACCACCGCUGACACCGACAUCCUCUGCCCCCCCUCCUCGCACCGUACGACAAGCGCGGCGGAGGAAAGGCAAAGAGAGGAAAGGAAACAGAGACCCGGAGAUGCGCGAGCUGAUCAAGAACAAAAGGAACCGCAACAGGCUGACUCGACUGGAGGAUGACCUCUGGUAUAUCGAAGUAGGCUACCAGUCUCGGCAAGUGGUGUGUGUACAUCGAAACAGAAGUACGGUAGCACUCAGCCAGUGUCCUCACUGGAGUCUUCCGGAGACCUACCAGUCCUGCCUGAUGCCUAAAGACUGUGUGGUCAGUGAAUGGAGCAAGUGGGGCGUGUGCUCCAAGACCUGCUCGGACUCCAGUGUUCCUCGGGGCACACGCUCCCGCAGCAGACAGCUGGUCCGGCUUCCUACUGGAGGAGGGUCCGAGUGCCCCGACCUGGAGGAAAGUCAGUCUUGUGAACCUGAAGGGAACGGGGUGCCACCCUGCGCCAUACGAUUAGCCUUAGGAAGCCACAGCAGUUCUGUUCCCUCCCACCAUUGGAGGAAGCACAUCACGCGGCCUUUAAACUUUGCAGUAACUGAUGUGGUGUUUUCCUCAGGUCCAUGGGGCAGAUGUAUGGGCAGCGAGUGCGGGCCAGGAGGGAGUCAGAGUCGGGCGGUGUGGUGCGCUCAUGUGGAAGGCUGGACGACUCUUCCCACAAACUGCCUUCAGUCCUUACGACCAGCCAACCAGCAGAGCUGCUUCCGCGUGUGCGACUGGCACAAGGACCUGUACGACUGGCGGCGGGGCGCGUGGAACCAGUGCGUUCCCAUAUCGCUGCGGACUGGCCGCGCAGGUGUUUGCUUGCAGGGCGAAGAGGGCAUCCAGACGCGGGGGGUGAACUGUGCGCUCAGAGCGGACGGCUCGGCGGCCGACGACUCCAUCUGUGAGUACUUUGAGCCCAAACCCCGGCAGGAACAGGCCUGUCUCAUUCCCUGCCCUCAAGACUGCGUGGUGACCGAGUUCACCCCCUGGACCACGUGCUCCAAGACCUGCGGGCUGGGCCUGCAGAACCGCGUCCGCUCCAUAGUGGCGCCGCCGCUUUUCGGUGGGCUUUCUUGCCCCAAUCUGACGGAGUUCCAGACGUGUGCGCCGAGGGCCUGCGAGGGCAGAGAGACGGUGUUCAAUCUGAGAGUGGGCGGCUGGAGCGAGUGCAAACUGCCUUCUUUGUCUCCAACACCACCGCUGACACCGACAUCCUCUGCCCCCCCUGCUCGCACCGUACGACAAGCCCGGCGGAGGAAAGGCAAAGAGAGGAAAGGAAACAGAGACCCGGAGAUGCGCGAGCUGAUCAAGAACAAAAGGAACCGCAACAGGCUGACUCGACUGGAGGAUGACCUCUGGUAUAUCGAAGUAGGCUACCAGUCUCGGCAAGUGGUGUGUGUACAUCGAAACAGAAGUACGGUAGCACUCAGCCAGUGUCCUCACUGGAGUCUUCCGGAGACCUACCAGUCCUGCCUGAUGCCUAAAGACUGUGUGGUCAGUGAAUGGAGCAAGUGGGGCGUGUGCUCCAAGACCUGCUCGGACUCCAGUGUUCCUCGGGGCACACGCUCCCGCAGCAGACAGCUGGUCCGGCUUCCUACUGGAGGAGGGUCCGAGUGCCCCGACCUGGAGGAAAGUCAGUCUUGUGAACCUGAAGGGAACGGGGUGCCACCCUGCGCCAUGUAUGCGUGGCGGAGCACAGAAUGGAGUGAGUGCCGAGUUGACGCGCUGCUCAGUCAGCAGGACCGGCGGCGGGGGAAUCAGACUGGACUGUGUGGUGGAGGUGUGCAGAGCAGGGAAGUGUACUGCGUCCAGACCAAUGCAGAACUGCUCAGCUACACCAAUAACAACACAGGCAAACAAGAAGGUCAGUCUCCAAAUGGCCAGACGCCUAGUGUCCCUCCUCUCCUGUCUAUCUCCUUUGAGAUCUCAGCAUCACAACCCGUAGACGUUCGGCUCUGCAAGGGAACGUCUCCAAGUACCACGCAACUGUGUCACAUCCCGUGCCCUGUGGAGUGUGAACUGUCCCCGUGGGGCGCCUGGGGGCUCUGCACCUUUGAGAAUUGCGAGGAACGGGUCGUGAAGAAAGGUUUCAAGUUCAGACGACGCACAAUCACUAAUGACCCCACGGGUGGCGAGGGGAACUGUCCUCACCUGGUGGAGGCCAUCCCGUGCGAUGAUCCCAGCUGUUUUACCUGGCAGCUGAUCAAGCUAGAGGAGUGCAUCCCUGAAGAAGACAUGGACUGCGGAGAGGGAACUCAGAUUCCACAGGUCCGCUGCGUCAACAGCGAAGGUUCAGAGGUGGAGAAGGAGAUGUGUGCGGAUGCGGUCUACCCUGCACCCGUGUCCUGUAAGGUUCCCUGCCCUAAAGACUGUGCUCUCAGUCUCUGGACUGAAUGGUCCACCUGCUCCCAGACCUGCUCCAGCAAAACCGCCGAGGGCAAGCAGAUGAGAACCAGAGCCAUACUGGCUUACAAUGCAGGAGAAGGAGGUUCCGGCUGUCCGAACACCAGCGCUUUACAGGAGGUGCGGAACUGUAAUGAGCAUCCCUGCAUCGUGUAUCACUGGCAGACGGGCCCCUGGGGACAGUGUGUGGAGGACACCACCACAUCCGCUCUCAAUACCUCCUCCAGCGCAGACAAAUCCACCUGCACCAUGGGCGUGCAAACACGCAAGAUCAUCUGCGUGAAAGUCAACGUCGGACAGGUGCCACCCAAAAAAUGUCCUGAAGCCCCUCGGCCGGUGUCAGUCCGACCCUGUCUGCUGCCCUGUAAGAGAGACUGUAUAGUGACACCCUUCAGUGACUGGACUGAGUGUCCCACAUCCUGUGAACCAGGUCUGAUUGGGCAGAAUAAUAAACAGUUUCGCUAUCGAGUGGUCAUCCAGAUGCCAGCUAAUGGAGGUCAGGAGUGUCCGGACACCCUUUAUGAAGAGAAAGACUGUGCGACUCCAUCUGUGUGUCCGGGUUACAGGUGGAAAACGCACAAGUGGCGUAAAUGUCAGCUGGUCCCAUGGAGCAUCCGCAGAGACAGUAAAGGAGCCCAGGAGACCUGUGGAGCUGGAGUCCAGACUAGAGCUAUCUCAUGUCGGCAGCUGGAUGGGACAGUGGCUGAUGUUGUUCAGUGUCUGAAGUUUGCCAGCAUUAUGCCUGUUACGAGCCAGCCCUGCCUGUUACCGUGCAGAGACGACUGCCAGCUCACCAACUGGUCCAAGUUCUCUCCUUGCAGCUCGGACUGUGUAGGGGUUCGUACGCGGAGGAGAGCUCUCGUGGGAAAAAGCAAGAAGAAGGAUAAGUGUAAGAACAGCCAGAUGUACCCGCUGAGCGAGACUCAGUACUGCCCCUGUGACAAAUACAACGCUCAGCCUGUGGGUAACUGGUCGGACUGCAUCCUGCCCGAGGGCCGAGUGGAGAGCGCUCUGGUCAUGAAGGUACAGGGAGAUGUUAAGGAGUGCGGGCAGGGCUACCGGUACCAGGCCAUGGUGUGCUACGACCAGGAUAACAGGCUUGUGGAGACUUCACGCUGUAACAGUCAUGGCUAUAUAGAGGAGGCCUGCAUCGUCCCUUGCCCUUCCGAUUGUAAACUCAGCGAAUGGUCCAACUGGUCGCGCUGCAGUAAAUCCUGUGGUAGUGGGGUCAAAGUUCGCUCAAAAUGGCUCAGAGAAAAGCCUUACAAUGGAGGAAGACCAUGCCCAAAACUGGACCACCUUAACCAGGCACAGGUCUAUGAGGUGGUCCCGUGCGUCAGUGACUGCAGUCAGUAUAUUUGGGUAGCUGAACCCUGGAGCGUGUGGAAAGUAAGUAACGUGGAUCUGAAGGAGAACUGUGGCGAGGGCGUGCAGACCCGAAGAGUCAGGUGUAUGUUGAACACAGUGGACGGUCCCAGCGAUGGCGUGGAAGACUAUCUGUGUGAUCCAGAGGAGAUGCCACCGGGCACGAGGGAGAGUCGACUGCCCUGCCCGGAGGACUGUGUGCUGUCCGACUGGAGUCCCUGGACCCCAUGUGACCUGCCGUGUUCUGGAAGAGGAGAUCGAGAGAGGACGGCGUUUGCCCUGCGUCUGCCUAAAGAAGGAGAGGACUGUCCGGUUAGCAUGCAGACCGAGCCCUGCCUCCUGAACCGCAACUGCUUUCACUACAGCUACAACAUCACCGACUGGAGCACAUGCCAAUUAAGUGCCAACGCUGUGUGUGGAAUCGGUCUCAAGACGAGGAUGCUGGACUGCGUUAGAAGUGAUGGCAAAUCUGUUGACUUGAAGUACUGUGAAGAGCUGCGUUUAGAGAAGAAGUGGCAGAUGAAUGCUUCCUGCACAGUGGAGUGUCCAAUCAACUGCCAGCUCUCUGAUUGGUCAGUGUGGUCAGACUGUUCCCAGACCUGUGGCCUUGAAGGGAAGAUGUGGCGGAGGCGAGCGGUGGUUCAGGCGUCUCAGGGGGACGGCAGGCCGUGUUCGUCUCAGAUGGAGCAGUGGAAACCGUGUCCUGUGCGACCCUGCUACAGAUGGCAGUACGGCCCGUGGUCAGAGUGCCGUGUUGAGGAGGUGGUGUGUGGGGUGGGCAUGCGUUUCCGGAACCUGUCGUGCUUCGUGUCAGACGGCUCCAGCGAUGGGAAGAGCAGCAUUGUAGAGGAAGAUCUCUGUGCUGGAUUGGAGCUGGCCGUCGACGGAGAUACGAAGAUUGUUCUGGAGGAGACCUGCACCUUACCCUGCCCUGGUGACUGUUAUCUGAUGGAGUGGUCCGACUGGACCCCGUGUCAGAGAGUGUGUGUGAAGGGUCAGCGUUUGGACUUCACCCCGGUGCAGGUCCGCUCACGUGCCGUCAUCGCGCAAGAACCAGAAAACAUCGCUCAGUGUCCCGAUCAGGAAUGGCAGUCCCGCCCCUGCACCAAUGGUGAGUGUUAUGAGUACCAGUGGAUGGGCGGUCCUCAGCUGAUCUGGUGUCAACGCUCAGAUGGAUUAAAUGUUACAGGUGGAUGCCCUCCAGCGCUACUGCCAGGGGCGGACCAGUCAUGUGAUCCACUUUGUAACAAACCACAGUCAUUCUGCUCAGAGGAGGGCGUAUGUAUGUGCGAGGAGGGCUAUACCGAGGUCCUGACGGCCGAGGGAAUGCUGGAGCAAUGUACGCCCAUCCCUGUGCUCGAAAUCCCUACCGCAGGGGACAAGAAAAACGAUGUGAAGACCAGCCGGGCCAUCAACCCCACCCUGCCCACCACGGUUCAGCCUGGCCGCGUGGGACGCACAUGGUACUUGCAACCGUUUGGACCAGACGGAACAUUGAAGACGUGGGUGUACGGUGUGGCGGCAGGUGCUUUUGUCCUCCUGGUGUUUAUAGUGUCGAUGAUUUACCUCGCAUGCAAAAAGCCAAAGAAACCUCAGCGAAGACAAAACAAUAACCGACUGAAACCCUUGACCCUGGCGUACGAUGGUGAUGCGGACAUGUAGCCUUUCUCUGAGAACUAACAUCAUGAAAAUAUCACCGACAUCCUGAAAACAGGUGAAUCUCUCUCAAACAUGUCUGCGUCACAUUAUACCCCCAAAUUUAAAGAAAAACUAAAUAAGUGAUGAUAUUUUUGAUUAAAAGAAACUAAGGCAAUUUUAAACCUUCAAGAUUUUGUACACCGUGAUAUUUAGAAAUUUUGAUUAUUGCAUUAUUCAUGACAAUGAAUCACAUUAGUUCCUAAAUUCUUUUUUUUACAGUAAUGCAUCUGGACGAUUGAAGUGUUUUUGUAAUUCUCAGCAUUGUCAAUAGCGAUUCUUAUUAAAAUAUCCAUUUAAAUCAGCAAAAAUUAAAGGCUAUAUAACUAAUAUUACCAUGAUGUAUUAAUACCUAUUUAUUGAAACGUUGUAAAACAGAGUUAUAGUAAAAGAGAGUGUUUACAUUACAGCAGUAAGAAUUGAGGGUAAAUGUGCUUAUGAAAAUAUUGUCACAAUGCAAAAAGCUUUUGCAGUCAUAUCAACAUUUCAUUUUAUAGCCCUUUAUAGAACUUGUUUCACAGUAAUAAACAGGAAAGUAACAGAAUUAAUGAUGCAAACUUCAUCAAAUAUAUUCAAUUCAAUUCAGUCACUGUGUAAAGUUCAUUCAUUAUGAAACAAGUUGAAUUCUGCUGUGUAGGAGCUCUACCGAAGACAAUAGUGCCGUUAUUCAGCGUCAUCUGAUAAAGUCGAUAAACUAGGCCAAAAAAAAAGCUUUAUUUUUUGGUUUGGGGGGGAAAUAUGACCUAGGCAUGUUUUUGAGAUUCACCUACAGUACAUACUCCUCCAAAUGAGAAAUGCCUAACCAUGCAUCACAAAUACUGGACCCUCAUCGCUUGAAUCCAACUUGGAAGAAGAAACAUCCCAGAGCCACAAAAGAAACCCGUCAUACUUUGUUUUUACUUCCCGUUCUUGUUCUGGAAGAGCCUUUACACACAUCUCCAUAUGCUGUGAGAUCAUGCCUUCGUUUAUAUAUUCAGUUCCUUACAAGCAUUUGUCAAUUAUGCAACUGUGGUCAAGCUAGUGGUCUUCUACAACUGGUAGGACCUUAUCAGAACAACUUUCUUCCGACUUGUGCUUCCCAGCUGAGAGGAUUCAUGUUUAUGGAGUUAUUGAAUAAACAAUGCCAAAACACACAGUAGAGAACAACUUCAGAUAUCACUUAAAUCAUGGACAACAUUUGCUCACAGAAGAUGCAGCCUUUCUAUGGAAGGUAAAAACGAGACAAAUCAUGUUCUCCUGGAAGUCCCACUCUGAUUCCAGGUGUUAUUUUGCACUAUAUUAGUGCAGCAAGGAAUUGAACAAUGUCUCUGAAGCAAUGAUUCUUCAAGGCAACAAUAUGAAUAUGAAUCUGGAGCACAUCAAUGAAGCGGGAUAACUGAGAAAGUGUAAGAAUAAAUCUCAGAGUGGGACUCUUUAAAGACCUCACGUCCUUUUAUUUUCGCUCAUUUGUGCAUUGUAUAGUUUCUACUGUAUGUGUCUUUUCUGCUCAACAGACUUUACAUAUGUUUUGUUUGUUUUUUUGUUAUGGUUUUCCAUUCAGGCAUUUUUAUAAUAUAUACUGUAAUAAUUGGUCGAUGGAAAAGUGGUUGUGACAGUAUUAUGAUUUUGAUUGGGGGAUUUAUGCCCCAUUUUCAAUUUCUGGUAAAUAUUUACAAGAACGAUGUACUUGUCAAGACAAUGGGUCUCAUGGGAAGACCGAUUGUUUCUGCCUUAUUAUCGAUUCAAAAAUAUAGGAGUUUUGUUCCUAAUUGUUGCCAAUUCUCACAAGACAGUGGUCAUGCAAAAUACAGUGGCCCUACAAAGUAUUUGGACGCAUAAAGGAUACUUAAUAGGCUCAUUUUACAUCUCCCCCAGAGUUAAACUAUUGAGUUUUACCA